GUUAGAAUGUAGGUCAGAGGUCACCAGGUGGUCAACAACAUGGCGGACCAUGGGAACAAGAAAGACGCAAAAUCCCGUCGUUUUGAGACGAUUUUGGGACACGUUUCUUCGAACGACGGUCCCAAAUCUGCAAAUGACAAAGACAAGGUUCAGCUAAAGAUGAAGAAAUGCGGAGAAGUUAAGAGCGUGAUUUCUAAACACAGACAGGAGGUCUUGAAGUGGAAUGGCUGGGGCUACAAAGACUCCAAGUUCAUUAUCAACAAGAAAGGACUGGCAGAAUUUGUUGGAGAAAGGUAUCGUCUGAGUGGGAUGGUUCUCCCAUCUCUAGUCACCUGGAUGGAGAAGAACACAGGUGGGGACAUACAGCACAUCUCACCUGCACAGCCUGAGAGAAAGCCAGAAGAUGUCCCAGAGCCAGUGACCAAUGAAGACUUCCUGAAAGACGUCUCAGAGCUUGACAUCAGCUGCUCCCAAGACCCGCUCGAUCGAGAGUUCCACGCACACGGCCACACCUUACAUGAGAUCUUCAUCCUAAGGGAGGGGCGCUUCAAGAGGGUGCCAGAUAUCGUCAUCUGGCCAGGUAGCCAUGAUGAUGUAGUGAAGGUUGUGAGACUGGCCACAAAGCACAAUGUGUGUAUCAUCCCUUAUGGAGGUGGUACAACAGUGUCUGGUGCCUUGCUGUGUCCUGAAGAGGAGACAAGGAUGAUUGUCUCUUUGGACAUGUCACAAAUGAACAACAUCUUGUGGUUGGAUGAGAAAAACCUGACCAUGUGUGCAGAGGGUGGCAUCAUUGGACAGGACCUAGAGAGGGAGUUGAACUUGAAGGGCUUCACCACUGGCCAUGAGCCUGACUCUAUAGAGUUCAGUUCACUGGGAGGCUGGGUCGCAACAAGAUCCUCCGGGAUGAAGAAAAACAUCUACGGGAACAUCGAAGACCUGGUGGUGCAUGUGCGGAUGGUGACCCCCCGUGGAGUGAUUGAGAAGAACUGCCAGGUGCCCCGGAUGUCCACAGGACCGGACAUUCACCACGUCAUCAUGGGGUCCGAAGGAACCCUGGGGGUAGUGACGGAGGUUACCAUGAAGAUCAGACCUCUCCCUGAGAUGAAGAAGUAUGGGUCGGUCAUCUUCCGCAACUUUGAGGAUGGAGUCGCCUGUCUGAGAGAGAUCGCCCGACAGAGAUGUGCCCCGUCUUCCAUCCGACUCAUGGACAACAUGCAGUUCCAGUUUGGUCAAGCCCUGAAGCCCCAGGCUGGAAGCAUAUUCACUUCCUUUGUGGAUGGUUUGAAGAAAAUGUACAUUACUAAGUGGAAAGGUUUUGACCCCAACGAACUCUGCGUGGCAACACUACUGUUCGAGGGUGCCAAAGAGGAAGUUCUGGCCCAGGAGAAAAGAGUGUAUGAAAUCGCCAGCCAGUUUCGAGGUCUCCCGGCUGGAGAAGAGAAUGGCCAGAGAGGAUAUAUGCUCACAUUUGUCAUCGCAUACCUGAGGGAUUUGGGAUUGGAACACUACAUAGUGUCUGAGUCCUUUGAAACAUCUGUACCCUGGGACAGGGUGUUGGACCUAUGCAGAAAUGUGAAAGAACGUCUGACCAGGGAAUGUCACGAGAAAGGUGUCCAGUUUCCACCCAUGAACACUUGCAGAGUCACACAGACGUAUGACAGCGGUGCCUGUGUUUACUUCUACUUUGCCUUCAACUACCGAGGCCUGAGCGACCCAGUACAUGUCUAUGAGGAGGUAGAGAAUGCAGCAAGGGACGAGAUCUUGGCCUGUGGAGGAAGCUUGUCCCACCAUCAUGGAGUUGGCAAGUUGAGGAAGAAGUGGCUGAGCCAGACGGUGUCUGAUGUAGGCAUCGGGAUGAUGAAGGCCGUCAAGCAGUACACAGACCCUCAAAACAUCUUUGGUAGCAACAAUCUAAUCACACUGGAGAAGGCUAAACUGUAAGCCAGCACCAGAAGGUCUAAAAACAGCUGCUAAAAUUCUGUACAAUGGCACUCGCAAAUUCCAAAACGGUAACAAGAUUUGUUUUACCUUGUUUAAGAACACAAUUCCAAACUUGAUAUAUAAGUCUUAGACUAAACGUAAGUCUUUUAUGAAAUGUAUUUCAGCUAAUUAAAAUUAUUCAAGCAUACAUAAUCAACAAAAGCAGGUCAACAAUAAAGCAUAGGUCAUGAAAUUUCAGGGCAACUUUUACUACUGGUGUCAUUGGGAAUGGGGGUGGAUACUGGUUUGGUUAGUACAUGUAGGUCCAUGUCCAGGUUUACUUGCAGAGGUUCAGGUCUGGACACGUUUGUUUGGUUUUAUUUAACCAAAUUACAAUCAUAUUUAAAAGUAGUAAAUCUAAAAGGAGUGAGACCCAGUGCACACUGAACUCAAUAGCUGCCUGCAGCACUGGUCUUGGUAGAAAAAUGAGCUAGCUAUAGAGAAUUAUGGAUAGCAAGUCAUCUCAUGGAAGAGCCGUGCAAUAGGUGAUAUUGUGCAUAUUAGUCAUAGGAAACAUAUCUUUUUGAUCGUAGGUCAAAAUGCUUUAGAUUGCUAUCUGGUAGAAGAAAAACUACUCAACAGCUGACAUUGUCUUGGAACCCCAAAACUGAUGUGAGCCUGCAAAUACAGGUCUUGGCCUUUGGCAUUCCAUGACAUAAGUAUCUGUUUCCAAAUACGU